UGUGACGUACCGUGUUCUGUAAAGGGGUACGAUGGCUCCUUCACUAGUGUAGGGUAGUUUGGCGAAGACUCCUCAUGUGAUUGCACGAUAACCAUAGGUCCCCUCGAUUCGACGGCUCUGGCGAGGCUGCGGCUUUGGAGAGUGCGGAUGGGGGAACCAUCAUGGUGGUAAUCGGGCCAGGCGCCAAAGCAAAGCAACACAAGGAACCAUACUCGACGUUUGAAUGGUCUAAACAUUCGCGGAUGAUGUAUGAGACGACCACUCCGGAGGACGAGGAAGCAGAGAAGCCCACUUACAGAAACGUUCGUGCUUUCGUCGCUCUUGGCUAGAGGAAGUUAUCAUUCUGGUGUCCCCUCUGUCUUGGGCGAUUCGGAAGGGAAUGUGCGCUCAAAAAAGCACUUUAAAGAGGCGCAUGGGGAAGCUUUCAAGUAUUCCGCGUUGCUGAGUGAGACGCGGGUGAUGGAGAAGGAUGGAUUUGAAACCACUGGUGAGAAGGACGGAUUUUUGAAACAACUGGAGAGCCGUGGAGGCACCAGCGUUCAUGCACUUCGUAAAGGAAGGCAGUUGGGUUAGACUCGAAACGUGUUGUAGUACAGUAAAACCCCGCAAUAGGGAAACUGACGGUUGCUGUCAAAU